UCCCACACCACCUUUUUCCACUUACUCUCUUUCUCUCUCACCUUUUUUUCUUCUUCUCUUUUCAUGGCUGGUGUAAUUAGGCAAAUUUGGGUGGUGGGGAUCUUGUUCUUGGUCUCGGUUUCCCUCCAUGGGGCCCGAUCAGAACCACAAGUUCCUUGCUACUUCAUCUUCGGUGAUUCAUUGGUCGACAAUGGCAAUAACAACAGGAUCGCUUCGUUGGCGAGAGCCAACUACCAGCCUUAUGGGAUUGAUUUCCCUGCUGGGCCCACCGGAAGGUUUUGCAACGGUCGGACCACGACUGAUAUCAUCGCUCAGCUGUUGGGCUUCGAUGAUUUCAUUCCACCUUAUUCAAAUGUAAGAGGCCGAGAGAUUCUAACAGGCGUAAAUUACGCGUCUGCCGCUGCUGGAAUCAGGGAAGAAACUGGGCAACAAUUGGGAGAUCGCGUCAGUAUGAGUGGGCAGCUACGUAACUACCAAGCAACAGUUCAAGAGGUGGUGAAUAUAUUGGGAGAUGAAGAUUCUGCAGCUAAUUACCUAAGCCAGUGCAUUUUUACAGUUGGAAUGGGCAGCAACGACUACCUUAAUAACUAUUUCAUGCCUGCUGUUUACUCCACCAGCAGGCAAUACACUCCAGAACAGUAUGCCGAUGUUCUCAUCCAGCAAUUUUCUCAGCAACUUCAGACAUUAUACAAUUAUGGGGCGAGGAAAGUGGCAGUGUUUGAUGUGGGACUAGUCGGGUGCAGCCCGAGCGAAUUGGCUCAAUACAGCCCUAAUGGUGCCACAUGCGUCGACAGAAUCAAUAGCGCCAUCCGGAUAUUCAAUGCCAGGCUCCGAUCUCUCAUUGAUGACAUCAACAAUAGUCUCGACGGUGCGAAAUACAUCUACAUAAAUGGGUAUGGGAUUUUUGCGGAUAUCCUUAGUCGUCCAUCGUCUCACGGUUUUACAGUUACAAAUAGGGGAUGCUGUGGGGUCGGCAGAAACAACGGUCAGAUUACAUGCCUACCUCUACAAACUCCGUGCCAAAACAGAGAUGAAUAUAUCUUCUGGGAUGCUUUCCAUCCAACGGAGGCUUUCAACGUGAUCUUUGCUGGGAGAUGUUACAGUGCCCAAUCUUCGUCCGACGCAUACCCCAUCGACAUCCGUCGCCUCGCUCAGCUGUAAUGAUGAUGGAUGAUGGACGGUGAUGAUGAUGAUAAUAAUGGUGAGUCGGAUCUUAGUAGUAGUCUCCAAUUUCUAUCUAUACUAUGGUAAUAAAUGUGACUUGGUAAUAUAGGUAGAGCAUGGAUGAUAGGUCCAUUUCGUACUAGAGUGCUUGCACAUGAAAUGCACUAGGGUUGUGACCAUAUAGUCUUUGGUUAAAAAAAAAAAAAAAAAAAAAAAGCUUUUUGGGUUUGUGAUGUUAGUACCAUCGUACUCAAAUUGGGUCUUGGGUGCUUGAAUUCUUUUGUAAGAGGAUUUUUCCAAGUGAAAUAGAUUGUAUGUUUUGCUUAA